CUUUCAUAAGUAGCUUUGGUUUAUAAUAAUCUGCAGAUUAUGUUAUACAUACAUACCCGUCGUCGGAAUCUCGCGACAAAAGAGAAACCCCUAAUUCAUCCCUAAUUGGGGAUUAAAGCAAUGGUGAAAAUCGAAGUGAAACCUGAGAUGUGUGAGGGGAUCAAAACAAAAGAUCAUAAGCAUCUUCUUCGCGUUCUGAUGCAAGGGACAGUGAGAGAUGGUUCUCCGACCAUGAAUCGGCUCAAAUACGAGGCUCAAAUACAAAUCCUGAGUCAAUGGCAACCUGAGAAAAACUAAGCCGAGGAGAUUGGAAGAAUAUAUGAUACUUGGAUCGGGAAGAUUGGUAAACAGCAUAAAGAGGUAGAGAGUCUCUUGGUUUGGUUCGAACAAAUCUGCCAUUUUAUCGAGCAUGGGAUGGAAAAAGAGGCCGAGGCUGCUGCAGUUUGAUUUAUAUCUUCUUGAAAACUAGUUUUGAACCGUGAUUUUGGAAACCUUCCAUGGACCAAUCUAUUUAUAGGAAUCACAUUUUACCGUUGUAAAUACUCAAAGGAGUUGCAACCUGAAGAAGCAGACUCCAUCGAAAACGCAUCUUACAUGUCGGAGUCAAGAUCUGAUGUUAUGGCUGAGUGUUCAGCCAGGGACGAGUCACUUUACUCUGUGGAGUCCGUUAGAAACGAAUUGGAGGCUUCUGUCAUGAACUAUGAAAAACACUCCGGGUGUGAGUCAGUGUCAGUGUCAGUGAUGGAAGUGAAGGUGAAACUUGAGAAUGUAAAACUGGAGGAGAGUCCUCCUCAGCUUUUCACUGCCCCACCACGAAUCUAUGCCUCAUCUGAAGAAAACGGAGAGACUUUGAAAGAUGGAGUUGCAUUUGAUCCCGCUCUUAUUCAGAUUCUUGGGGACAUGGAUUAUUGGUUGCUUCCUUUGAAACCGCCAGAGGAUCAUGAUUGUCAUAGAAAGAUAGUCAGUGACUCUUAUUAUAAGGACGCAGUGGAGUAUAUGCGGCUUACUAUGCAGUCUCCUCGCUAUGUAUCUUUAACCGCAUUACAUCCUCUUGUACAUCUUCUGUUAAUUGGAGGUCUUGUAGAUGAAGCGAUGAAAGUGGUUGAGGAGAUGUGCAACAAAGUACAUGACAUCAAACCUUUCAGAAUUAAGGCAGCUAUGAUGGAGAAGUUUCACCAUAAAAGCGAGAUGCUAGCAAAAUGCUACGAAGAUAUCUUAAAGAUUGAUCCUACCUGUGUAACCACCCUGAAGAAGCUUAUUGUAAUGUCAAAAGAAGUUGGAUAUGGUAGAGAGUCUUUGAUCGAAAUGAUAGCGUUGCAUGUAGAAGCUUCUUUUCCCGGCGCAGAGAUCUGGAAAGAGUUUGCUGAAGUGUUGAUUCUUGUCUUUGAGAAUGGUGAUGAAGACCGAAUGUCAGUAUGCUUCAACGGAUCUGGAGAAGAAGGGAGUCAGCAAACAUACUCUGUUAGAUACAACCCGAUACCUAGAAUGUUCACUGAUACAUCAACAUCAUCAUGGACACUUCGAGCUAAGUGGUGGCUAAACCGCCAUUUCUCCCCGGAGAUACUCGAGGCAGAAAUGAGAAACGGUACAGGAGAUUUGGAGAUGAUGAGAUUGAUGAGUUACAAAGCGGCAUGUGCGAGUCGUAUCUACGGACCAGAGUUUGGUUAUGUAACAAAAGUUUAUGGUCUGCUGGAGAAUAACAUGAACAACAUUUGUAUGCUGGUGGAGAAUGAUUGUAGUAACAACAGGUAGGUUAGUGAAAUAUAGCAAACGUUUGGAGUUAAACUUUUUGCAAAGUCACGGACACAAUUGGAACAGGAUAUACAAUUUAGAAUAGUUUUUACACGUUACAUUUUUUUGUUUUAAUAAUUUUUCACUGUAAUUUUGUAUUAUUGUAAGAUUUAUUUUGAUGUAGCAUUAUACUGGCCUCU